GCCCAGCGCCAUGCCUCGGCGGCUGGCCUGGCUGUGUUGCUGCUGGGCGCUGCUGAGCGGAGCCUGCUGCCCCGCCGAGCCCGCGCUGCCCGCCGCGGGAGGAGGGGACCCGCCGUCCGCCGCCGCCGCCGCUUCGGGCUUCCUCUACCGGCGGCUGAAGUCGCACGAGAAGCGGGAGAUGCAGCGGGAGAUCCUCUCGGUGCUGGGGUUGCCCCACCGCCCCCGUCCGCUGCCCCGGCAGCCACCGGCUCCGCCGCCGGGGCGCCUGACGGCGGCUCCGCGCUUCAUGCUGGACCUCUACCACGCCCUGGCCGAGGGUGCGGAGGGCAGCGCGGGUGCGGAGCGGAGCGGACGCCCUCCGACUCCUGCCCCGCCGCCGCCGCCGCUGCCCAGCUCGCAGGACAGCGCCUUCCUCAACGACGCCGACAUGGUGAUGAGCUUCGUCAACCUGGUUGAGUACGACAAGGAGUUCACGCCUCACCAGCGGCACCACAAGGAGUUCAAGUUUAAUUUGUCUCAGAUUCCUGAGGGUGAGGCCGUCACAGCUGCUGAGUUUCGGAUCUACAAGGACUGCGUUGUAGGGAGCUUUAAAAACCAGACUUUCCUUAUCAGCAUCUACCAAGUGCUGCAGGAACAUCAAAACAGGGCUUCUGACCUGUUCCUGCUGGACACACGGGUGGUGUGGGCCUCAGAGGAAGGCUGGCUGGAAUUUGAUGUCACUGCCACCAGUAACAUGUGGGUGAUGAACCCUCAGCACAACAUGGGACUGCAGCUGAGUGUGGUGACCCGGGAUGGUUUCAGUGUAAAUCCUAGAGAAGCAGGCCUGAUAGGCAGAGAUGGCCCUUAUGACAAACAACCUUUCAUGGUGGCCUUCUUCAAAGUGAGUGAAGUUCAUGUUCGGACCACAAGGUCAGCAACAAGCAGGCGCAGGCAACAGAGUCGGAACCGCUCCACCCAGGCCCAGGACAUUUCUAGGGUGUCCAGUGUCACAGAUUACAACAGCAGUGACUUAAAAACAGCGUGCAGAAAGCAUGAGCUUUACGUUAGCUUCCAAGAUUUGGGAUGGCAGGACUGGAUCAUUGCUCCAAAGGGCUAUGCAGCCAACUACUGUGAUGGGGAGUGCUCAUUCCCACUCAACGCCCACAUGAAUGCAACCAAUCACGCCAUUGUACAAACUCUGGUUCAUCUUAUGAAUCCCGAUUACGUUCCCAAACCAUGCUGUGCACCUACCAAGCUAAAUGCCAUAUCUGUUCUUUAUUUUGAUGAUAAUUCUAAUGUAAUCUUGAAGAAAUACAGGAAUAUGGUAGUAAGAGCUUGUGGAUGUCACUGACAAACAGACUUCACACAGACUCUGUGAUUCUACUUCCAUGCUACCUUCCGUGCUUCCAUGAACUACCUGACCUUGGAGAAAAGAAUAGCUAAACCACCUUUCAGAACACCACAAACGUGCCUUGUGUGAGAAAAUCGUGUGGGGAGCACACGAUGGGGCAGGAGCAAACUGCUGGACUUCUUACAGACUGACCCUCUGCCCCGGUAGCACUCAGCUCUGCAGGGCUGGGACACAGAGCAGCAAUAUGCCCACACACACUUUAUAGGGCUGGAAUGGUCUUAAUCUCACAUAGGACCCUGGCCUUAGCAGUUGCUUGGAUGUUUGCUCAAGUUUUACCAGAUAGGCACCAAACACUCAAAACACCCAAGUUUGGAAGUUUUUUGGUUUUUUUUUUUUUUUUGCAGGAGGGAAGACUAGGGGAGAAACAGGGAAGCUAGAGUAAAGAAAGCAGUUAGUACUUACAGACUAACUUACAGCAUACAUAUUAUACAAGGUAAUAUAAAAUUCCAAAGGUUAGGAAUUGCCUUUUGUCUAGAAGGACCAGUUACUAUUCCUAGACUGUUAAGUCUCCUGCUGAAAUCUGUCAUGAAAAUAAGCAUCUUAAAUUGUGCCAAAGAAAAUGUUUCAGUUCUCUUCCCUCCAAGCACAGUUUUAAGAUGCUGCAAGCAUUAAGAUUGCUUGGCU